CCGCUUUCACAUUCUAGACUUUAAGCUUAUAUUAUUGGGUCUUCUUUUCCUUAAUUUGAACAAAGCUCUGGAUCCAUAGAUUUCCUCUCCAAAAUCAACAAAGUCUUGCCAGGAAUACCUCAAUUGAAAAAAGCAUGACGGAUGCAAUAGUCAAUAUGUUCUUGGAAAAGCUGUUAAACACUCUUGCAGAGGAAGGCCGCUAUGUGACUGAAUUCAGAGAUCAAUUUGAAAAACUACAAACUGACCUUCAAUUGAUGCAAUGUUUCCUCAAGGAUGCAGAUAGGCUGAAGAGGAAGAAUCAUACUAUACGCAACAUCUUGGCUGAUCUGCGAGAGUUGAUUUAUGAAGCUGAAGAUAUACUGGCGGAUUGCCAACUUCAAUCAAGGGAAGACAACCUAUUUUCCCAAGGUUUGUUAACAUGUAUCUCUCCCCCAAAGCUUCAUUUCAAGUACCAAAGUGGAAAGCGUCUCAAGGAAAUUAUUGAGAAGAUUACCCACAUCAAACAGAACAUUUCAUCACUCCUUGGUGGCCCUCUUUUAUUCCAACCAGAGGUCAUAAAUGGAGGGGACCAAAUGCCCAGAUGGAGCUCUCAUGUGUAUGAUCACACUCAAGUGGUUGGACUAGAAGCUGACACUCAGAAGAUUAAAGACUGGAUAUUUGAAGCGGCUCGUGAAGGGAGGCAUGAAAUACUAGCAAUUGGAGUCGUUGGCAUGGGAGGAUUGGGCAAGACCACUAUUGCUCAGAAAGUUUUCAAUGAAAGAGAAAUAGAGCAUCAGUUUGACAGAAGAAUGUGGGUUUCUGUUUCUCAGACAUUCACUGAAGAACAAAUCAUGAGAAGCAUGUUGAGAAAUUUGGGAGAUGCAAGUGUGGGGGACGAUGCAAAUGAACUGUUGAAAAAAAUAAACCAAUAUCUCUUAGGCAAGAGGUAUUUGAUUGUGAUGGAUGACGUAUGGAGAGAAGAUGUUGCGUGGUGGCAAAGAAUUUGUGUGGGGCUACCCAAAGGAAAUGGUAGUUGUAUCAUCAUCACAACAAGAAUCGAGAAGGUUUCACGACAGAUGGGAGUGAAAGAAAUAAGGAUCCAUAGGCCUAAAUUCCUAAACAAAGAUUAUAGUUGGCUUCUGUUUCGAAAAAUAGCUUUUGCUGCAAGUGAAGGUAAGUGCAUCUACCCUGAUUUGGAAGAUGUUGGAAAAGAGAUUGUAGACAAGUGUAAGGGUCUUCCCUUGGCCAUCAAAGCUGUCGGAGGAAUGAUGCUUUGUAAAGCACCAUACUAUCGUGAAUGGAGGCGAAUUGCAAACCAUUUUCGAGAUGAAUUGGCAGAAAAUGAUAACUCUGUGAUGGCGUCAUUGCAAUUGAGUUAUGAUGAGCUCCCUUCUUACUUGAAGUCAUGCUUCCUUAGUUUCUCUGUUUAUCCGGAGGACUGUGUCAUAUCAAAAGAACAAGUAGUCCAUUGGUGGAUUGGUGAGGGAUUUGUCCCAUUGAGAAGUGGUAGGUCUUCAACUGAUGCUGGUGAAGAUUGUUUUUCCGGGUUAACAAAUCGAUGUUUGAUAGAGGCAGUCGACAAGACUUAUAACGGAACAAUUAUCACUUGCAAAAUGCAUGAUAUGGUUCGUGAUGUGGUCCUGAAAAUAGCAGAAGAUGAUGCAUUUUACAGAACAAAUGGCAUCAAUUGCCGCCAUUGGGGAAUCAGUAACAACAUGGAUAGAAAACAGCUUAAUGCUAAUCAGAAGUUGAGGGGAUUGCUGUCCACAACCAAAAGCGGAGAAGUGAACAAGAUUGAAUCAAGUAUUGCAAAAAAAUUUAGUGAGUGCCGAUACUUAAGAGUUUUGGAUGUUUCAAAAUCAAUCUUUGAAUUGUCUCUCGGUCGCUUGUUGUUUCAUAUUGGCUCACUUCAGCAUCUAACUUAUCUCAGUUUAAGCAACACUCAUCCUUUGAUUGAACUCCCAGCUUCCCUGGAAAAAGCCUACAACCUUCAGAUUUUGGACGUGAGUUAUUGUCAAAAUCUAAAAAUUUUGCCUCCUUACCUCAUUACAUUAAAGAAGCUCAAGGUCUUAGAUGUUAGCCAUUGUGGUUCACUUGAAUGCUUGCCAAAAGGCUUGGGAAGGCUUUCAAACCUUGAAGUAUUGUUGGGUUUUAGACCUGCAAGAUCUGGUCAUGGUUGUCGUAUUGGAGAACUAAGAAAUUUGACACGGUUGAGGAUUCUUGGAUUACAUCUAACACAUGGUGACGAAGUCGGAGAUAGCGAGGUUAACGCAAUGGUGAACCUUCAAGAUUUGGAAAAUCUGUCAAUAAGUUGCUUUGGUAGCCAUGGGAGUGAUCUCACAUCAAAACUUGACAAACUCUAUCCUCCACAACAGCUUCAUGAGUUGUCUCUGAAGUUCUAUCCAGGAAAGAUAAGUCCAAUUUGGCUCAACCCUAUAGCACUUCCGUUGCUUAAAUAUCUUUCAAUCUCAUCUGGAAAUCUUGCAAGUAUGCAUCAGAGCUUUUGGGGUGCAGAUAAUAAUUUUGCUUGGAAAAUCCAAGCCUUGAUGUUGGAAUCACUAUCAGAUUUGGAAGUACAAUGGCCAAUGUUGCAACAAGCGAUGCAAACUUUGAGAAUUGUGAAUGUUAGUUGGUGUCCAGAAUUAGUGUCUUUCCCAAUUGAUGAUGUUGGGUUCAGAGGUGGAGUAUGGUUCAAGGAGGAGCACAAGAGUUAAAUCUAGAACUAAUGUCAUUCACGUGUCUAAAUUCAGUUAAAUGCAUCAAACAUUAGAAUUACUAUUUUCAAUGUCUAGUAUAAGUACUUGUACUAUUCUCGAAUUGCUUUUGAGAAAUAAAUCACUUAACUUGUAAAUAUAGCUGCCUGUGAGACAAAUAAAAAUACUUUUAGGCAUCUAUUAUAUUUUUACAACAAUUUUUUUUAUACUAAAAUUUUUAAGGUGAGGCUGUUACGGGUCGAGACUUAAGCUUCGAAUUCGCGUGGUUCCGGGACCCGGGCAUUCACCCUUCCGACAUCUUGGGUCAGCCUUUCUGUCACAGUUCACACCCUUGUGAGGUAUUGUCCGAUUUGGCCCUCUCUGGCCUCACGGUUUUGUCCUCCUCACAAGACGGAAGUGAUGUAAACCAUUAUAUAUCUCAGUGACCUUCCUAUUAUGUUCGAUGUGGGUUUCAGGACUCUUCUUUAGGUCUGUGAUAUUCUUCCCGCACCCAACCUCAUGACGCCCUCGUCACGGAAGCUGACCACCCUGCUUACCUCCCUCAAGGUGCUUGGCGUAGAUCGAACGGUUUAGGGUUGGCUCUGAUACUACUUAUCACGGGUCGAGACUUAAGCUUCGAACCCGCACGGCUCUGGGACUCGGGCAUUCACCCUUCCAACGUCUCGGAUCAGCCUUCCUGCUACGGUUCACACCUUUGUGAGGUAUUGUUCGCUCUGACCCCCUGACUUCACGGUUUUGUCCUACAAAAGUCGUCUCACAAGACGGAGGUGGUGUGAACCCUUAUAUACCCCAGUGUCCUUUCUAUUAUGUUCGAUGUGAGAUUCAGGACUCCUCCUUAGGUCCGUGUCAAGGGAAAGUACCUUAUUUGCUUUAUUUUUCAUUUUU